UGCAUAGCCUACUCUUCCCACCUACUCUUGCACUUCUACAUUUACUUUCAUCAGUUCACUGUCAGACAGCUGCUUUUUAGAGACAUCUCGUAUCGCGUGAAGCUCCACGACAUGAAGCGAUAAAGUCCCCCUGGAUUUUUUUUUACGCACAAAUGUUGUUAUUUGUUAGUUAAGGCAACUAAUUCUCUCGCUCUGGCGUGUAACGUGAUGCAGUAGUUUCCGUAAAUGGUCUUUACACGAUGGCGACAGUUCAGUGGUUCAGAGCCGCAUGAGGUGCUGCUCGUGCUCCUCAGCAGGAACAUUUCACUUCACGAGCCACUUGACAGCCAUCUAUUUGAGUAGUUUUUACUUUUUGUUCAGUGGCGGGACUGUAAAAAUCUCAUUUCCAUGCGUCUGACUUUCGCGGAUACUGCAUUUUCUCCAGAAGAAUGACUUCAGUGUGGAAAAGAUUACAAAGAGUUGGCAAAAAGGCCACUAAAUUUCAGUUCGUGGCUUCGUAUCAGGAACUUGUUCUGGAAUGUACAAAGAAAUGGCAACCAGACAAACUGAGAGUGGUGUGGACACGGAGGAACAGACGCAUUUGCUCAAAGCUUCAUGCCUGGCAGCCAGGCAUCAAAAACCCCUACAGGGGAAUGGUGGUAUGGCCCGUACCUGAGAACGUGGACAUUACCGUCACACUCUACAGGGACCCACAUGCGGAUGAGUUUGAAGACAAAGAGUGGACAUUUUUCAUUGAGAAUGAGACAGCGAAGGGCAGUCGGAAAGUUCUGGCGUCUGUGGACUUGAACAUGAAGAAGUUUGCCAGUGCCACACACUCACAGACGGACCUGAUGCUCAAAAUGAAGCCUCUGUCGGUUAAGGUGGUGGAGGCCACACUGAAGCUCUCCUUAUCCUGUGUGUUCCUCAAGGAGGGGAAAGCUACGGAUGAGGACAUGCAGAGUCUCGCCAGUCUGAUGAGUGUAAAGCCAACGGACAUUGGGAACCUAGAUGACUUUAAUGAGAGUGACGAAGAAGAGGAUAAAAGAUCUAGUACUGGUGUUAAUCUCAGUACUGCAGCUCCAGCACCCCACCUUCCUCUUCGACCAGCACACUCCCAAGAAAAGAGACCUGCAUCUCUUAAGAGUCCUUCAGCAAUAGUCAUUGGUAAAGAGAGACCUACUGGUUGUGUCCUCUCACGCCCAGUGUCUGGCAGUGUUCAUAACCCUGACCUGACAUCACAUCCACCUUUACCCACCCGGCCCAGUCCAACCCCUCGCACCAUGCCCUCACCCGCCCGCUCCAGACCACCACGUCCACCACCCAUUGCCCAGCCACAGGCCCCAUCUGACUCCCACACAGAGCAAAAUACUUCUGGUUCGCCCCCUCCAGCAUUACCCAAAAUCUUCCAGCCGUCCCCCGGCUCAGCUCCUGUGUCCUUUCAAAGAAGACUGUCGGGCUCCGAGGCCCCUCUGGAGGGUCCCACGACCUCCGACUAUCCUCUGCUCAAACUCCCUCGGGCUUCUCCUUCUUCUCCUUCUGAUCCCUUCCUCUCUCACUCUCCUUCUUCUCCCACUAUGCUCCUGAAAGUAUCCACACAGCUAAAUGAACAGAUGAUGGCGGUUUCUACAUCUCCCUUCUUCAGUGUUCCUCUAAAUGAAUCUGUGACCCCUGUUCCUUUGCUGAGCAGACCAGAUCUUGAAGCUCUGUGUGAAACAUCUUGCACUUCUAGUGAACUCCCCAAGUCACCUCUACCUCCCUCUGUCCCCGUCUCUUACCCCAUUAGCAAACCCCUACCUGCCUCUUUUAACCCAGCAGCUGUCUCUUCCUCUACCCCUUCUCUUGCACUGUCAACCACUGAUGCCCACACAGCUGCUCCCUGCUGUCCAUCUCAAUCUUCUUCUGCUCGCUCAGAGAUACCCAGGGAGCUCAACACACUUACAGAGGAGGAUCAAACAAAUCCAUUUCUACAAGAUUUACUUGCUGAAGAAACGAAGAACUCAGAGCUCAAAUCAGACCAGUGUAGCUCAUCUCGGACUAUAUGCAGCAUUAGCAUUGCUAAUAAACAAUCUCCUUCCUCCCUCCAUCAACCUGAAACCAUCAGCACUGAAAGAAAAGAGCUCAAACCUGCCAUGGCUGUAAAAAGUCUUGGGCCUGUUGGCAAGUCAUCAUUGGACACUUUUGGAGUACAGCCUGUGGAAGCUUCAAGAUCUGAGGAACUGGACAUUAGAACUGUCCCUCCACACCCAUUCUCAGCUCCAGCAACAACACCUCCCUCAUCAGUGGUUUCCACUCACAUGGAGAAAAAUCUAGUUUUUAUAGCAGAGAAACCACCAUUGGCUGAGGAAGAACCAGAUUUUAAAGUGGCCGAUUUCGAUCAAAUUAUCAUAGCCUCUCAACCCAUUAAAGAUGUUACUGUUGGCAAACGCCCUGAGAAAGAACCACUCAAAAUUGACAUUGAACAGCCAGUGCAGUCCAGUCUGGUUCAAACCUUUUCAAUAACCGAUAGUGACUUAAUAAAGCAACCAGAAAACACAAAAAUUGAAUCAGCAGGGGAAGUUUCUCCAAAAGAGGAACCGAAUGUGCAGAAUGCAAAGGGUGCUCUGCUUUGUGGUGACCUCAACAAGUCAGACGAAGACAAGAUAAUAGAGAAAUUUGCCUCAGCUGUGGUAAUCCCUACAGAACACAAUAUCCCCAACAUUUUAUCCAGCUCAUCACUUCUAAAGCAAGAACCUACAGAUAUUCCCAGGGAAAAAAGUCAAGUGUGGGUGGAAGAAGUCCUUGCAUCUAAGUCCGACAGUAGUUUGAGAGAGAAGCAGUCCCAUAAGGAUAAUCUGGACAAGGGUUUAACAAUUGUGGAAAGUCAAAAUGAAAUGGCCUUAACUCCACCUGUUAGCCCCAAAGGAGCUUCCCCUGAUAUAUCAGAUCUGCCCAAAGAGUUUCCUUUCAUUCAUCCCCAGUCCCUGGAGCCCAAAGUCCUUAAAUGCAUCUCAGAACAAACUCCAACAGUCAGUCAUACAACAAAACCAGAGCUGAUUGUGAAGGAGUCAGAAAACACAGUGUUAACACAGAAGAGUGUGGAGGUCCAUUCACUUGCCCAAGCAGAAGUGCUUAUAUGGAGUUCUCUGGAAGAGAAAGUAAAAAAUCAGGACGAUGAAGCAAGGGAUGAGGAAAUAAAUAAGCACAAAAUACCUGACAAGAUGCCAAAAGACGAAAAUAAAGCUGAAAUAUCCUCAAAAAAAUCUUUAGAAGCAGGCGAAGAAAAAGCCGUUAUCCAAGUCAAGGAUGCUAAGAAUCUCAGUUUAAAUAAACCAGAUUCCCAACAGCCAAUACCCUCCAUUGUCCUUAAACCACAUCCAGCUCAGACUAUUAAGGAGAAGAAAAUAGAAGCUGUUAAAGUCAGUAUACCCAUCCAUAUGAACCCUCUACUUCCUGUGAUCUCCCCUGCUAUUGCUGUAACAAAAGAGGACAAAAGAACUUCAGUGCAUCUGGAGGAAAUUUGCCCUCUAAUGCCCAACAUGUCUCUGGAUACAGAGUCUGAUGGAAAUGGUUUAAGGAAAAAGGUCACAUUUGAGGAAGACAGUGUGUUAUGGGCUGCGGUCGAAGAGAAAACAAAAGAAAAAAGUGAAGAUGUUGUUAGCAUGAGCAAGUUGAUUCCAGAAAAAGAGGUCCUGGAUAGGGGCCAAAGUGGACAAGAAACAUCAGAAACCAAGCUUAAGGAGCAAAAGGAUUCCUUUACCCACCACAAACUAGAUAAAAAUGCUAACCAGAGGGAAGAUAAUAAAGAGAAGACCACUAAAGAGGAAGAUUCAGAUGAAAAGAUGCCGCAAACUGGCAGUAAUACUAUUUGGGCAACUCAAGCUGGACCUAAAGAAGAUCUGAAGACUGUUGGUGUCUGUUCAGGAACUGGACUUGGUCUUGAGCUUGAUGUAGGAACAGACAGAAACGUGGCCACUUGCAUACAGGAACAUGACUCAGUUUCUGACCAGAAAGAAGUAUCUGUAGGCUUCAUACAGGGGAUUUUCGGUGUUCUGUAUAAAGGUUAUGAGACCAUGACAUCAAUACUACAGCAGCCAAGCACAACAGAAACCGAUGUUAAAGAUGACAAGAUUUUGGAUGAUCAAGAUGGAUCUGUGGUCGAAAUUCUCCCUCCCGAGGUCUUCUCUGACACCAAAAUUGAGCAUCCAACCGACGAUGAGCCCCAGAAAUCAAUAAUCCAGGAUUUCUUACCUUCUGGCGAGUUACAGAUAGAUAUUCAGACCUCCGAGCCUGUGGCCAUGAGCUUGGUGGAGUGUUUGAAACUGGCUGCCAGAGAAACUCAAAGCGGAUCUAUGAACUUCAAGACCCAGGAUAAAGGAAGCCCUUCUAAACAAAAAACAGCAAUUGAGCAAACCCAAAUACUGACACCAAUAGGAAAUGACAAAUACAUGAAGGUGGAAUUGAUGUCUGAGAGCGUGAUAUCAAAUGAAAAAAAGAAUGAAGAGCCAUGCUUACCUCUGGAGGAAGAAGAAGACAUAACUGCUAAGAAAGAUGUGCAAAACCUCAGCUAUGUUGAAACAGAUCAUCUGGUGACUGAGGUAGACUUUGAGAAAAUAAAAAUACAUGAAAGCCCAAAAAGAAAUGGACAUGAAGAAUUUCUGCCUGGCAAGAUAACAGCAGCAGAUUUAAGGCCAAUGGCGGAGUCGGAGGGUUCACAGGAGGAGCUGGAAUUUGAACUAGGUCAGGAAGACUUAGGAACAGUGUGGUCUGCUGAGCUAUAUAUGGAUGGAGGGUAAGUGCAAGGGACAUCACCUCUGCCUGCACUGCUUCUCAUUUUUAUGACCCUCUUUACACAGACAGCAUGAUUUUGUCAGUGUUCUGUCUGGCUGACAUUCAAACAUUCUAGUUGUUUCUUUACGUUAUUCAUGUGUGUCUGAGACGAGGGCUGGUGGAGUCUGCAUUUGGCAUCAAGCGGUGCAUUUAAAGUCUCCUGUGUCCUGUGGCCGACAAGUCUUCUAAGUGAUGGGUUGGGAUACACUACUAUUCAAAAAUUUGGGGUCAAGUAAGGCAAUUUUUUAAAGUAAUUAGUAUGUUUAUUCAGCAAGGCUGCAUUAAAUUGAUCAAAAGAAAGGGUUGAGGUAGUUAUGAUGUUUCAAAUGAUUUCUGUAUCAAAUUAAUGCUGUUCUAUUUCUGUUCAUCAAAAAUCCUGAAAAUAUUAAGCAGCACAACUGUUUUCAACACUGAUAAUAAUAAGAAAUGUUUCUUGAUUGCCAACUUAGCAUAUGUGAUUAAUUUUGAAGGGUUAUGUGACUGAAGACUAGAGUAAUGGCUGCUGAAAAUUCAGCUUUGCCUUUACACUAAUAAAUUACAUUAAAAUAUAUUUGAAAAGAAAAUAAUUAUUUUAAAUUAUAAUAAUUGUAAUAAUUUUUGAUCAAAUAAAUGCAGCCUUGAUGACCUCUUAUUAAAAAUUUUUGAAAAAUCUUACCAAACCCAUUUAUUUGAGAUGUAGUGUAUAUAUUAUGAGCAUGAAACAUAUUGUGUUGGUUCCUGUUGUAUUGAUUCUGGGCUCUCUGUGGUUUUUCAAAAAGGACUAAACAGCAGCUUGUUUGUCACUGCUGCUGCAAGCUUGCAAAAGUUGUUAGCAGAAAACAUUACACAUUGACAGUGGGCUAACGCUGCUGUAGCCCCCUGCUGGAACUGAUUGUGCUAUUUUCACUUAAUUGCAUUUUUACUGAAAAACCUUUGCAUGCUAUAAUAACCAAAUUGGUAAGGUGCAGCAUUUUGAUCUCAUGUUCUGGUGUUCCAUUUC